CUGCGGCCACGUCGGCCACACCCACUUUGUGUGCUAACAGCUAGCCGGUCGGUCAGGACAACUCUCCCCGCACCAUGCUUCCUAUGUCCCGGUUCAACUUUACACAACAGCAACUGGUCUUCGCCGCCAAGUAGUCGCCGUUCUCCUCGGGCCGUUCCUUUUGCUCGGACUUUGACCUCCGUGGAUGUUGUUCUUCCACUUUAUUGAAACCCGACUGUCUCUUUGAAGCUCAACUGCCGUUUGAAGAUGUUGCAAAGCUUUGCCCAGUCGCCGGACUGGCUCUGCUCGGAGCCGCUGCUGUUUGACGAAGAAGAGAUCUGCCAAAUUCUGAUGAAGGACCUGCAGUCGCCCCCCAUGAAGGAGGGCGCCGCCGGGACGGCUAAGCCCCUUUCUAGCGGAGACCAACUGAGCUUCGUGUCCGACAUCCUGCUGGAGGACUAUGACAUGCACCUCAACUGGAACUGCGCCUUCAUCUACGACAAGGAGGGAGGUGGCGGGGGAGGGGGGCCGCCACGCUCCCCUACAUUGGAGGAGGAGGAGAGCGGCGAGGACAGCCUGUGGCGCUGCCUGGCAUCGGACAAGUGCCCGGAGGAGAAGUUGGCAGCGGCCGUGCUAGGCUCCAGCCCGCUGCUUUCCGACAUUGACGGCAGUAUCUUCGAGGGGCUUGCCGGCUCCACGCUGGACUGCCAGAACCUGUUGGGGGGCCAGGAGACGGCGGAGGUCACGUCUGACUACUACUCUGCCGGAGGGGACGUGUCCACGUACUCGUCCAGCGACUCCGAGGAGGAGAUCGACGUGGUGACAGUGGGGCGCUGCUCGUCGGCCCGCCGGCAGAAGGAGCAGGAAGAGGAGGAAGAGCGCUGCGCUCUGCGGCGCCACCACCUGGAGAUCCAGUUGCAACACAACUACGCCGCCCCCCGCCCGGCCUCGCCGCCGCCGCCGCAUUCCUCGUGCAACAAACGCUCCCGCGCCCAUCACGCCUUGCCGUCGACCCGCCGCCACCACCAGGCGUCGUGGCGCCACCCGGCCGAGACAGAGGAUGAGGAGGAGCGGCGGCGCACGCACAAUGUGAUGGAGCGGCAGCGGCGCAACGAGCUCAAGAACUGCUUUGUGCACCUACGUGACAACGUCCCCGAGUUGUCCCGCAACGACAAGGCCUCCAAGGUGGUCAUCCUGAAGAAGGCCCGGGACUGCAUCCACGGCCUGGAGGAGAACGACCGUCGGCUGCACGCCAAGCGGGACAAACUGCGUGCCAAGCAGGAGCAGCUCAAAGCGCGGCUGCGGCAACUCCGGACACUCGCACGCUCGUGAAAGAUGGAAGAAAAUGAGACUUUUUUUUUUUUUUUGUACAAAUGACUUGACAUUUUGCUUUCAGGAAUGAGGAGCACGUGUAUGCACAAAGACAGACUUUUCAGUGGACUUGAGACACACACGUUGCGAUGCCUUGACUGCUGACUGUUAAAAUACGCACACAUGAUGAACGAGGUCAGUUCUUGUUAGUGAAACUUGAACCUGCACGUCUCGGCAAAGGUCGGCACUCUUGCAUGUGGAAUUUCAGGAUGAAGCAAAAAAUGAGGCUGGGCAUAUUGGGGUGGGGGGGGUGUUACAGGCAGCCCCGCUUCAUCACUGCUUCAUCUUGAACUUUCACGCCAAAGGCCAAAUUUGCGAGUCAUGUCUUCAGGAUGUCUUGUAGCCAUAGCAACCACCAAUCCCUCCGCCGCCACACCUUUUGAUGGCCUUUGGGUGUUUUUGGGGCAGCUCGAGUUCUUAGAAUUUUGUGUCCGUCAUUUUUGGGCAAAAAGCUACCUCCGCCUCAACAGCCCCGCCUGUGACCACCUUUGUCACCUGUACAUUAUUUUUUUUCUUUAUUUCAAUGUCCAUUCUGUUAUUGUAUUUUAAAUUAUUUUAAGUUGUGCUUAUUCUUUUUCUUCAAUUGUUUGUUUUAGUUUUGGUAGUUGAAAAGUGAUUUUUUUUUUUUCUUUUCGUCAACACCUUCUUUUUCUUUUUUUUUUUUUAAAUCAAAGAAUGACAGUUGGGAACUGUGCCUGCAUGGAUUCUCUACAUGCACAUACAACGGUUUUGUAUUGUGCCUUUUUUUCCCCCUCAGGAAUGUAAGAAUAUGAAAUUCCCAAAAUGUACCAUGUGUUUUUUCGACUAAAUGAUUUUGCCUAUGAAUUAAAAUUUUUAUGGUAUCACUUCA